AUGUUAUAUCGUGCAACACAAAAAACAUUUCAAUCACCAAGAAUUCUACGUCAUCUCAUAAACUCAUUAAUAACAUUAGGUGAUUACGACGAGGCUGAAUUAGCAGUUAAUGCAUAUAUUGCUUUAGUGGAAAAAGCAAAAGAAACAAACAAAAGCGACGUUGUUAAACGGAUGAGUAGCAGUGGUUUAAAUAAGUUAACUGAAAAAUUUAUCGAUGUGGAAUCAAAUCAAGAUUUUAUGCAAGUUUUAAUAACAAGUGCUGAAUUAAUGGCUAAACAAUUGGACAAGAAAACUUUGGAAUUGGCAAAUAAAGCAAUAAAGUUGAUUGAAAAUAUUGGUGUUGGACUUUCUAAAGAAUUAAUAGCUAAAGCAUGGAGGUAG